GAGAGAGAGGCAGGGCGGCAAACAUCAGUUGAGUCCCACUCCUCCUUGCGCCAACACGUGUGGAAAUCCCGUGCCUCGGUUAUCUGUCUCUCUCUCUCUCUCUCUCUCUCUCUCUCUCUCUCUCUCUCUCUCUCUCUCUCUCUCUCUCUGUUUCUCUCUCUCUUUAGCUUUCCCUGCCCUUAUCUCUCAGCUUGCCUGUCUUUCUCUGCCUCUUCUUUGUUUUUUGGUUGCUAUUAUCUCAUGUCGUAUUUUCAGUUUUCAUUCAUACAUUCCUCUCUAUCUUUUCACACUCUCACUCACUCUCAUAUCCUCGCUCUCUCCCGCUCUCUCACUCUGUCUCACCGCGCCUCCACGCACGCCGCGAGAUUGAAGCGUUGAGUGUUAAACGAACGCUUUAAAGUCUAAACGAGUCUAAACGAGUCUAAACGAACGCUAAAAAUACAUUAAAAAGAAAAAAAAAGACUUGGACUUAAACGAAAAAAAAAACGAAGGAAAAAAAGGAAGGAAAGAAGAAAAAUACAGACUUCAGUCGACGCACAAGACGAGGUAGAUAUAAAUAGAGAGAGAGAGAGAAAGGAAGAAGAGAGAGAGAAAGAAAAUGAUGAUUAACAAAGGAGGAGUAAAGAGAAGGAAGUAAAGAAGGAAGUUUUAAACAGACAAACGCAGGGAAAUUGAAAGAAGAGAGAGGCAGGGAAAAAGAAAGGAAAAGGAAAGUAAUAGUAUGAAAAUAAACAUUCCAUGGUGAUCGAAAGAAGUAAGAAAGAAUAACAAUAAAGAAGAAGAGGAGAAAACAGAAAAUUAGGGAAGUGGAAAGGAGAGGAAAGGAAAAAAAAAUGAAAUGUGACAAAAUGAAAAACGGAAAAGAAAAUGGAGGAAUCUGAGGAGUGUGGAUGGGAAGGAAAUGAACAAAGUCAACAACAACAACAACAACAACAGCUGAUGUGUUUUCGGAUUGGCUUCAUAUUGUAUCUUCUCAGGCGGAAGAAAUAUCACCACCACCACCACCACCAGCACCACCACCACCACCACCACUACAAGACUACCACUGCUGCUGGUGAUAAAAUGACAGUCACCUACACCACCAAGGUUUCCAACACUAGUUUCUGCGGAUUUUCCAAGCUUCUAUUCAGAUGGCGCGGCAGUGUGUUCAAGCUGCUCGCCGCUGACCUCAUUGUUUACUUCCUGCUUUAUUUCUCCGUGGCCGCCAUCUACAGAUUCGCCUUGCGGGAGAACGAGAAGAGAGUGUUUGAGAAGAUCGCCAUAACGUGUGAAUACUUCCGCAACGUGUUCCCUAUCUCUUUCGUGCUGGGUUUCUACGUGACAAUCGUGGUGCAGCGGUGGUGGGAGCAGUACAUGCUGAUCCCCUGGCCCGACACCGUGUGCAUCAUGGCCUCCACUUACAUAGAGGGCCAGGUGAGGCGUAGCAAGAGAGAGAGAGGGAGGGAGAGAGAGGCCCGUAUACAGAAACGCUUUGCUCUCUCACCACAACUAUUCUCAAAGACCACAGAGAUGAUUGGCCUGGUUCUCAAGACUGUUUCUCCAUUUAAUAAUAUAGAAACCAUAUAAAUCUGUCACUGCAACCGUAAAAACAACCUUAAAACCACGUGCAACUUCAACUAAAGCCUGAAAAUAGUGGAGGUGUGGCUCAGAAGCGUUUCAUAAUAAAGACCAAAGAGAGAGAGAGAGAGAGAGAGAGAGAGAGAGAGAGAGAGAGAGAGAGAGAGAGAGAGAGAGAUUGAAACGAGAUCGAGUUAGGUGAAGCGAGGUUCCAUGUGGCGCUUUAUGGGACUGGGUAAGAUUACAACUUGGAGGAUGGCUGAAGAGGGAGCGAGAGACGGGGGAUGGAGGGAGGAAGGGAGAAUGGGGGAGUGUAGAGGGUGAGGGAGAGUCUGGGGGUGGAAGGAGGAAGGGGAGAGUGGGAGGAGGGUAGAGGGAGCGGGAGAGUGUGGGGGGGCUGGAGGGAGUAAGGGAGAGUGAGGCGGGGGAGGGUGAAAGGAAUAAAUAGUGGGAAGGAGG